UUUCACUUUUUUGCCGAAUGACCCUUCCGUAUAGACGUAUUUACGUCAGUAAUUGUAAGUAUUUACAAAAUAGCCGUUAUAACUAUGUAUAUUUUCAGUCGUCACGAGGAACGUGAGGAAGACUGUCGAUGAAGCUGGUGUAAUGGUGAUCCGUGGUAAGAAUUAUAACCACGUGCAAGAUUCCAGGCAUUAUGAAAUUGGUCAUGACGAUUUCAUAUACUUCAAUAAAAGACGUACCGUGGCGCUAGCGUUUAGUGCAAGGAACUAUAACUUUGACACGUCAAGUGUUUGUGUUAUUACAUUACAGGUAGUUUAUAUUGGUUCAACAUGGUUACAGUUGAGCAGCCAUGUUAUACUCUAAUAAAUCUGCCAUCAGAUUCUGAUCCUCCCAAUGAGAUGCAGUUGAAGAUGGAUCUUGAGAAGGGUGAUACUAAAACAAAAAUUGAAGCUUUGAAGAAAACAAUUCGUAUGAUAGUUAGUGGAGAACGAUUACCAGGGUUGCUGAUGACAAUAAUCCGCUUUGUGCUACCACUUCAAGACCACAUGAUAAAGAAAUUAUUGUUGAUAUUCUGGGAAAUUGUUCCUAAGACAACUCCAGAUGGCAAACUUAUGCAAGAGAUGAUACUUGUCUGUGAUUCUUACAGGAAGGAUCUGCAGCAUCCCAAUGAGUUCUUGCGUGGAUCAACAUUGCGUUUUCUGUGUAAACUUAAGGAGCCAGAACUUCUGGAGCCACUGAUGCCUGCAAUUAGGGCUUGCCUCGAACACAGGCAUUCUUAUGUGAGAAGGAAUGCUGUCCUUGCCAUUUUUACAAUUUACAGAAAUUUUGAGUUCCUUAUUCCUGAUGCACCUGAAUUAAUUGCAAGUUUCUUGGAGGGUGAGCAGGAUAUGUCCUGCAAACGCAAUGCUUUUCUUAUGUUGCUUCAUGCAGAUCAAGAAAGGGCAUUAGCAUACCUUGCAUCCUGCCUUGACCAAGUGACUUCUUUUGGAGAUAUCCUACAGCUUGUCAUCGUGGAAUUGAUUUAUAAGGUUUGCCAUGCUAACCCAUCAGAACGAUCACGCUUCAUUAGAUGUAUCUACAAUCUGUUGAAUUCAACCAGUCAGGCUGUGCGUUAUGAAGCAGCUGGCACCCUGGUAACACUGUCUAGUGCUCCAACUGCUAUCAAGGCAGCUGCAUCCUGCUACAUUGAACUCAUUGUCAAGGAAAGUGACAAUAAUGUGAAAUUGAUAGUAUUAGACCGCCUUAUUGCAUUGAAAGAGCAUCCUACACAGGAACGAGUCCUGCAGGACCUUGUUAUGGAUAUACUUCGAGUCCUGGCAAGUCCAGACCUUGAAGUUCGGAAGAAGACCUUGAACCUUGCAAUGGAACUGGUAUCAUCCCGAAAUAUUGAAGAAAUGGUUUUGGUUCUAAAGAAAGAGGUUGCAAAGACACACAAUAUUGUGGAACAUGAGGAUACUGGGAAAUAUCGCCAGUUGUUGGUUCGAACUCUACACAGUUGCUGCAUUAAGUUCCCAGAUGUGGCAGCAACUGUAAUUCCUGUUCUGAUUGAAUUCCUUUCUGAUACAAAUGAACUUGCAGCAUCUGAUGUUUUGGUAUUUGUACGGGAAGCAAUUCAGAAGUUUGAAGGACUUCGGCCUCUUAUAAUAGAAAGACUCCUGGAUGCUUUCCCAACAGUUAAGUCGGUUAAGGUUCAUCGUGCAGCACUGUGGAUUCUUGGAGAAUAUGCUACUAGCCCUGAUGAUAUACAGGCUGUUAUGAAUCAAGUGCGUCAAACUCUUGGGGAGAUUCCAUUAGUGGAUGAUGAGAUCCGGCGUGCAACUGGUGAGAAGGUAGACGAGGACAUGAUGCAGCAGCAAGUUCCAGUACAGAAAUUAGUCACAUCAGAUGGAACAUAUGCUACCCAGUCAGCCUUCAACACUGCCAGUGUAUCCAAGAAGGGGGAAGCCCGCCCUCCUUUGCGUCAGUACAUGAUGGAUGGUGAUUUCUUUAUUGGAGCUGCUCUUGGCACCACUCUAGCCAAGCUUGCUCUCCGAUACAUGUCACUCGUAUCAGAUAACAAGAAGCAAAAUCGUUUCUGUUCUGAGGCAAUGCUAAUCAUGGCAUCUAUCUUACACCUUGGGAAAUCAGGUUUAGCAGUGAAGAAUAUGACAAAUGAUGAUGCUGAUCGCUUGUAUCUGUGCCUUCGGGUGCUGUCUGAUAAAUCCCCUGUCAUUGUGAAUAUCUUUCAUGAGAAUUGUCGUCGUGCUCUGUCCGUCAUGCUUGCUGCCAAGGCAGAGGAGGAGGCUUCUACACAGAAAGCUAAAGAGAAACCUGGGUCGGUGGUACACGCAGACGAUCCCAUCUCCUUCCUACAGCUGUCCUCAUCUCGUGCAGGUGAUCUGGGUGGCACCGAGAAUGUGUUUGAGUUGAGUCUUAAUCAGGCACUGGUGGGUGGUCGUCGAGAUGGAAUUGGUUCAGGUCUUGGAAGUGGUGGAGAGUCAACACCAGGAUUGAGCAAGUUGAACAAAGUCACUCAACUCACUGGCUUUUCAGAUCCAGUCUAUGCUGAAGCUUAUGUUCACGUCAACCAGUAUGAUAUUGUUCUGGAUGUUCUCAUUGUAAACCAAACAGGUGACACGUUGCAAAAUUGCACUCUUGAGCUUGCUACAUUGGGAGAUUUGAAGCUGGUAGAGAAACCACAGCCUGUUGUCUUGGCUCCUCGUGACUUCUGCAAUAUCAAAGCCAAUGUGAAGGUUGCCUCUACAGAAAAUGGUAUCAUCUUUGGCAAUAUUGUGUACGAUGUGAGCGGUGCUGCGUCAGAUCGCAGUGUCGUGGUUCUCAAUGAUAUUCACAUUGAUAUCAUGGACUAUAUCGUUCCUGCGUCAUGCAAUGACACGGAGUUCAGACAGAUGUGGGCUGAGUUUGAGUGGGAAAAUAAGGUUUCUGUCAAUACAAAUUUGACAGAUCUUCAUGAGUAUCUUCAUCAUUUGAUAAGCAGCACAAAUAUGAAAUGCUUGACUCCAGAAAAGGCUCUCUCCGGUCAGUGCGGCUUCAUGGCUGCCAACAUGUAUGCACGUUCUAUCUUUGGUGAAGAUGCUCUUGCAAACCUGAGCAUAGAAAAGCCUUUCAACAAGCCAGACGCACCUGUUACAGGUCAUAUUCGUAUUAGGGCUAAAAGUCAGGGUAUGGCAUUGAGCCUUGGAGACAAAAUUAAUAUGACUCAAAAGGGCCCACAGAGAACUAGUGGAGCGUAAGUUCUUAAAGUACAGUAAAGAGAAAUAUACGUGACUUCCUUCAUGAUUAGCCGGAGUAAAAGUAGCUCGUUCUUUAUCUACAUUACUAUUUUUAUUCUGUUCCUGAUAUAGAAUAAGGCAUUUGUGUAAUUUUUACAUGUAUACGUGUAUAACUUCUAAUCAGUUGUAUGAAUAAAGUUCUGGCCCCUCUG